GCAGUCAGACCGUCAAUGUCAUAACUGGCUGUCAGUUACGUCUUAUUACCUACCUACUGACUGAACGUACAAAUUCAAUCAACGCCGUUUUUGGAGGGAAAAUUAGCAAUAAAUGUGGCUUCUUUUCUUCUAUACUUUAAAGUACUUAGUUAUUUUCGGUAAUUAUUAACUUGUGAAAUGUCUCAAACAACCAUCACUUCAUUUUUUAACAGUAGGAAACGACCGGCCGUUGAUGAUAUUGUCAGUUCCAAAAGUAAACUUCCCCAUUUAGAAAAAACUUCACAAGCCAUUUCAAAGAGCAAAGGACGAAUAAAUUUAAUUGGCAAAUGUGAAAGUUACAAAAAUGUGAGACAAGACAAAACUCCCAGUACACAAGUAGUGCAAGAAAAUGAUUCAAAUCAUCUUAGUCCCACGAAAGCAACACAUCGACUUAACAAUGUAGACGCAUUUUUGAACAAAUCAAGUGUAUCUAAUAUAGCAAAAAAUGUGGGUGCGACAAAAUCAUCAGUUGUAAAUGCAGCCAGAAAGGAGUUGAGCUUAGGUGAUAUUAGAAAGAAAUUAGCUGGAAGCUCUCGUCUAGCUGAAUUGAAGGCGUCAGCAGAUCGCAUCAGUAAGGGUAUUCAUGAUUUGAAAGAAGCGAAUGAGCAACGUAAUCUUAUUGGAUUCCAAACAAUUGAUGUGGAGGUCCCUUCAAGUCCUGGCAAAAGAGCAUUGUUAGGACAAAAAGAUCUUUUGUCUCCGAAAAGUGAAGAAACUCCAGUUAUUACACCACAGCGUCCGUUGAUUUCUCCUCGAAAAGUAGUUGUCAGUCCUGUUAAAAGCCCUAGUAAGGUACCUGCAUACAUCAAGCAUGCUUCUUUGGCAACAUCUUCAACAAGCCUACCUCUACCACAUCAAUACAGGUUUUUGGCAGAAUUGUUCCGAGGGAUGGAAACUGUUGUGGCUCUGCUUUACAACAGAAAUGAAAAAAUAACAUUUGCCAAACUCAAGCCCUCCAUUCAAGAAAUGCUUAAAAGGAACUUUACAGAGAAGCAUCUCGCUCAAAUCAAGCACUUAGUACCAGAUUUCUAUAACUAUGAAGUACAAAAGAUAAAAAACUUCAGUACAUCGACUCACAAAGAAGCCUAUGAAUUAAUCAUAACUCCAAACUUCCCAAAUGAUAUCAAAGUUAUGAACCCAAGUGUACUGCUUGAGAGACGCAGAUAUUUCUAUGACACCUUACUGCAAUUAGUAAAGAAACAUCAUGCACAGUUUCUAUCCACUUUAGAUCCUCCCAUGGUCAUCCCAGACAAUAAACUGGUACGAUGGCAUCCAGAAUUUGAACUAGAAAAGGUGACAGAAGUUGAUUGCUCAAAAUUACCAGAGAUGCCAAAUAAUGAAAAAUAUUCUUCAGCUCAAGAUGUUUUAGCAAAGGCUCGUGAAUUAUUUAAAUGCAACACUAAGAUGGAGAAAGCACUUGAGAAGCUAGCCCAAGCUAAGGCGAGAGGGCUGACGGAGGAAGAGAAAAAAGUCACUGGUAUUACUGAAAAUAAUAAGUUGCAAGUAAAUCAACCUUCAACUAGCAGAGUAGCUAUUUUGAACCCUGCUCUACGCAACCUUCCAGCAUCAUUACUUGAGAAAGUUAAAGCUAAACAAGCAGCUAAAGCUCUUGAGGCUAUGACUAGGAGCUCCGACCAUGAGCAGAAAUAUCUCAUUUAUAGCCGGUUGCCAGACCUGGCUAGGACUUUGCGUAAUAUAUUUGUGACAGAGAGAAAAAAUGUACUUGCUCUUAACAUUAUUCUGUCUAAAUUAGAGAGCAGCUUCAAAUCAAAUGUUUCUGCCAAUGAUCUUCAAAAAGAUAUAAAGGUCUUGACAGAAGAGGCCCCAGAAUGGAUUAAACUACAUGAUGUACGAAACAUGACCUACCUAAAAUUGGAUAAAAAUGCUGAUUUGAAUCAAAUUGUUUCCAAAUUAGAGGCAUUAGCAGAUAAGUAUAGAAAUGACUAAAAUAAUAUUAUACUUCAUUAGUUGUUAAUUUGACAUGAAUUGCAAAUUAAGACUGAAAACAUUAAUAAGUAAUGUCCAAAGAAAGCAACAUGUUCACAUUUUUGUAUAUUGAUACAAAAUUAAGGAACUACGCUCGUUAGGUCAGUAAUGUAUUUAUUUACAUUAUAAAUAUGCAACUUCUGACAUGAUCAAAUUAAUAUUUUGACAUACAGUUACUUAUUGCAUUACUUACUUAAAUUUACACAUUGACAUAAGUAUUUUAUUUUAUAAGUUUAAUUAUAUUUUUUUUGCCUUAUAAUCCUAAUUCAGUUUACAGUAACUUGGAAACAUUGAAAUCGUAUAUCUAAAAUAUGAAAUCUCUUUUAAAUAUUAAAUGUCUAAAUAAGAACUUUGGCUAAACCCUGAUUUUUUACUUCUUUUCUUUUAUUUAGAUAAUUGUGCUAAUUUUCUUUUUGUUUUCUUUAUUGUGUUUGACUUGAAUAAAGUGAACUAAAUGACAUAUGA